GCAUGCGCCCUCUAUCAAAACACGUGCUUGACGUUUUUAUCGAAUUCUACAUAACCUCAAUACUUGUUUUCCAGCUUAUUUUUUUAAGAAUAACUGUUUUUGAAAAAUGCCCGAAAUUGAAGAAGCAAAUUUUCCUCGCGGCGGUUCUACCAUUAAGAAAAAGCGCGAUGAUGAAAGACCCAAACAAAAAAAUUUAUUCAGCGUUAAUGAGCACCAAAAGAAGAAAAAAAUAAUUAAAUCAAUUCAAUCAAAAAAAGAUAGUACUGAUUUACAUUUAAACUCGGUUGAUUUAUUAGCGUACAACAAAAUCCAACCUUCGAUGAUAAUUUUAGGCUGUGUUAAAGAAGUUUUGGGUGUUACCGUUAAAGUUCAGUUACCUGGUACCUUAUAUGCGGACGUUCAAGUUAAUUCUAUAUCAGAUAAAUUAACAAAGGAGUUAAUUAAAAAUGAAGAGUUUUAUAAUUCAUUUAAUUUAAAAGAUUUAUUUGAAAUUGGUGAUUGCAUCCCCGUUCAAAUCCUUGAAAACAAAGAAACGAAUCAAGGAAAUAAACGACUCAUCGCUACCACAAACCCAAUGAAUAUAAACCAUCAAAGUAAUUGCAAUUCGUUUCGUAAAGGAAUGUUAGUUUGGGGGGCAAUUUUAGAAAAAGCAGAUCAUGUUUAUUCGAUUGAUUUAGGAGUACAAAAUGUCCGUUGUAUAUUGAAUAUAAAAGAUUGCGAUGAAAAUGAUGAAUAUAUUGAGGGGCAACCACUUUGGGUUUUAAUCAAAAAUAUAGAAUCCUCAAACAAUAUAACGACAAUUAUGGUGACGACAUCAAAAGAUGUUUUAAACGAUUAUGACUCCCCCAUUUGUAACUUAGAUAUUUUAUGCCCUGGAAGUUGUGUGGACGUAAAACGCACGAAAAUAUUAAAAAAUGGAAUUGAAGUAACCUUUUUCGAUGGUUUAAUUGGUUACAUAAACAAGAUUUAUUUAGAUUCAACAAAAAAUGAUUUAAAUUUUAAAGCGUACGUUUUAUACAAAAAUCCGAUAACUAAAUUUACUUAUUUUACAACAACACCACCUCAUUUAAAACUUCCCCCACCGAAUUAUCCCAUUGGGACCGUUUCAAAAUCAACGAUAAUCGAUGAUUUUGCUAAAGGCGUUUUGGUUGAGUUUAAAAAUGGAGAUCGAGGAUUUAUCACGUUUAAACGUUUAAUUAAAUCGUUAAAAGUGAAAGAUAACGCUGAUAUUCAAAGUUUAAUCACAGAGAAAUAUCCUAAAGGAAAAAAGGUGGAGUGCCGCAUCAUGGAUUAUUCAUACAUUGAUAAAAUGUAUAUUUGUACCUUUGAAACUGACAUAAUCAAAGAAAAGUAUUUUUCAAAAACUGAUUUUAAACCUGGGGAGAUUGUCAGUGGAAAAAUAAUUUAUAUAAACCGAAGCGGGGUCGUAGUUAAAGUUGGAAUGGUGGAAUGUUUCGUUACAAACGAACAACUCACGAAUGUCUUAUAUAGCGAAAACGUUAAAUUAAAAUUUAAAGUUGGUAAAAAUGUUAAAGGUAGAGUGUUAUCUGUGGAUCCAACCUCGGUUAAGUUAACGUUAAAACCCGCUUUGUUGGAGGAGCACGAAUGUUUGUGUUCGUAUAAAGAUGCUAAAUUAAAUAAAAGUUAUUUAGGGGUUGUUGUUUUUAUUAAACAACACAUGGUGAUUGUCAAGUUUUAUAACGAGGUUAAAGGAAUUGUUUUGGAUAAGGAGAAAAAGAUGGAUUUUAAAAGAUUUUUUUAUCAAGGACAAGUUAUUACAGUGAGCGUGGUUCAUAAGAAAAACGAAAAUCUUUUAUUAUCAAUUGGAGAGAGUGAUAAAAAAGAAAAUAUUCCUUUAGAUAAUGUUAUUGGAAAAAAUUUUGAUGGAAAAAUUACAAAAAUAACCAACACCGGCGUUUUUAUCACAACAACAAAAAAUAAUUUGCAAGGAUUUAUCCCCCUUAAUUAUUUAAAUCCAGAUUUAAAACUCUCAAAAAUAAUUAUCGAUAAUCUUAAAUUGGACCAAAAACUUUCCGGAUUAAUUUGUUUAAAAUCUUCGUCAUCAACAGAUUGUUUAUUUACGUUAAAGCAAAACUUAAAAAUUCCAACAAAAAAAUCGUUAAAAGCAGGUGUUAUUUUACAUGGUUUUGUGGAUAAGUUUGAUGGGAACGAUUUAAUUGUCGAUAUUUUCACAAAGAACGGAGUUGUGAAAGUAAAUGUUGCUAAAAAUAGCUUUUUUGAUGAUGAAUCUUUAUUGGAUCAAAAUAAAUUUGAGUUUGGACAACAACUUUUAGUUAAAUUAAUUUCUAAAGUUAAUAAAAAUGAAUUUAAUGGAACCAUAAAAUUUUCAGAAGUUUUUGGCGGAUUAACAAGUUCAUCUAUUUAUUUGCAAAAGCAACUUAACGAUAUGGAUUUAAUAAAUAAUAUUUUAAAAGAAUCAAAAGCGAUUUUAAAUUACAAAGUUGGUCAAAAAGUAAAUGUACGCUUAAUGAAUUUAUCAAAUAACGAUUGUAUCGUUGAAACUAAUGAUGGAAUUAAAGGAAUUGCAAAUAAAGAAAAUAUGCUAAAAAAUAUGAAGCUUGGAUCGAUUUAUACAGCACGAAUCUUAUUUAUAAACAUAAUAGAUAACCAACUUGAGAUAACUUUUAAGCCCAAAGUGGUGAAUCAAAAGAUUUUGGAGAAAAUCGAUUUCAAAAAUGAUGAAGAACCAUUCGCAACGAUUUUAUUAAUUCGCGAAAACUUGGCUAUUUGCUCAUUAAAAUUGAAAGGAAAAAAAUCGUUUGGGUUUAUUCCUAUUAAAAGAAACGAAAAUGAUUUUAAACCAGAUUUAAAAUUUUUAAAGGCGAUUAAGGAUAAGUUUCGAUUCACAAUUUUAAGUAAAAAUGAAUUAGGGUUUAUCGGGUUUCCAAAAGAUUUAUUUAAAAAAUCAAUUCUCAAAGAGAAGAAACGCAAAUUAAGUGAGGUUAAAAAAGAUAAUAAUAAACAAACAAAAAAUGAUAAAGAAGAUGAUGUUGAAAAUAAAAGUGAAGAUGAUGAUGCUAAUAUAAAACAAAAUACAUCUUGUAAUGAUGAUUUAAACGAAUUAGAGAAGAAAACUAAACCAAAAAAACGUAAACUUGAAAAAGAAGAUUUAAAAGAACCGAUAAAGCCUAUUGAAAAGCCUUUAAUACCAAUAAGUACAGAUGAAUUUAAACCUCCAAGCAUGAAAUCAUUUUUUGAACCAAAUUUAAUUAAAGAAUCCAAUUCUGAAUCGGAUUCUGAUAACGAAUCCGACGAAAAUGAACGACCAAAAAAGAAAAAAAAGCUCACAAAAAAAGAACAAAUCGAUUUAUUAAAACAAGAAGAAGAAAACUUACGGAAAAUCGAACUUUCUUACGCCGAUAUGACCCAAGAUAGCAUCCCACAAACGGCGGAUCAAUUUGAUAGGAGGUUAUUGGCGGAACCGAAUUCAUCCUCACUUUGGAUUCAAUAUGCUUCACUUCAUAUAAGCAAUACUGAAAUCGAUAAAGCACGCACAAUUUUUCGAAGAGCCGUUCAAAAUAUUAAUCCAACACUUACAGUGGAUGUUUUAAACGUUUGGACUGCAUUUAUAAAUCUUGAACAUCUUUAUGGAACGAAGGAAACUUUUUCCCAAGUUUUUAACGAAGCGGUUCAAUACAACGAUGAUCUUACCAUUUAUACCCACGCAAUAACCGCAUUAUCAAGCUCGCAUAACCCUCACGAUGUUGAUGAUUUAAUUUUAAAAAUGUUAAAAAAAUUUAAACAAGAACCAAAAAUGUACGUUGAUGUAGCUAAGGUUUAUUAUAAACAAAAAAGAUUUGCGGAAGCAAGGAAAUUAAGGAGUAAAGCUUUAGGAACGCUUAUUGAGAAGAAGAAACAUAUUCCUUUAAUAAUUCAAUUUGCUAAAUUAGAAUUUGAUAAUGAUGAAGAUGAAUAUGCGGAAACUUUAUUUGAGACGAUUUUAAAAGAUGCCCCUCAACGUGUUGAUGUAUGGACCGUUUACGUUGAUCAAUUGGUGAAGAAAAAUAAAAUAGAUUUGGCUCGAAGAGUUCUACAACGCGCGGUGGGUCAAAAAUUAAAAAUUGCCAAAAUGACGAGUUUGUGUAAAAAAUAUGUUGCGUUUGAAAGGGAAUUUGGCACUGAUGAAAGCAGGAAUGUUGCUGAAGGUAUCCUUAACGACGUAUUUUCUUCAGUUAAAAGGAAAUAAUUUAAAGUUAAUAAAAUAAUUUUAAUUUUAA